AUGGCGGACAACGACUUCGCACCCAAGUUCGCUCCUUUCCUGUCAUUUGCGGGAAUUGCCUCAGCAAUGAUCUUCGGAUCUGUAGGAGCGGCGUAUGGAACAGCGAAGGCCGGAAUUGGUAUUGCCGGUGUUGGUACGUUCAGGCCUGACUUGAUCAUGAAGUCAUUAAUCCCUGUCGUCAUGUCCGGUAUUAUCGCUGUCUACGGUCUGGUUAUCGCUGUUCUCAUUGCGGGUGACCUCAGCCCGCCCCCGGCCCAGACCCUGAGUUUAUACACGGGAUGUAUGCAUCUCUCGUCGGGACUUUCGGUCGGUCUUGCAGGAGUCGCUGCUGGGUACACUAUUGGAAUUGUUGGAGACGCUGGCGUCCGUGCUUACAUGCAGCAAUCGAGGGUCUACGUUGGCAUGAUCCUUAUCUUGAUUUUCGGCGAAGUUCUUGGGCUAUAUGGAUUAAUCGUUGGCCUGAUUCUUAACUCGAAGAGUUCGGGCUGA